UGGAGAACAAGACUAUGUUUUAAGCAGUUUUAUCCGAGAUAUAUACGCAUCUAUUUGAAGUGAUCUGGCCUCCCAUCCCAAAUCUAUGGUUCUAAUCGCACUUGAACCAUGUGGGAUUGGAACGUUUUUGUUGAAUCCAGUGGAAAAUGAUCACAACACAAACAUAUUACACAAAAACUGCUACAGCGAGGGGAAAAAAAUCAAUUCCUCGGGAAAAAAUAUGAGAAAAAAGGAAAGAAUUUGUGUUUCUGGCUCCCAUUCAGGUCAGAGCUGUCUCUGUUACUCACUCCCUUCCUUUCUCUUAACUUUCCCUCUCCCACUCCCACUCUCUCUCUCUCACAUCUGGAGGGUAUCUGGUGUGGCUGUGUGACUCCUCGCCUGCUAUGGGACAGCCUGUGUUUGGACUGGACGUCAGACUUCAGUGCGUUUCAGCAAACGUUGGUCGGACGGGCCCUUGCAGUUGGUGAGGACCGAAGCUUCAGACACAGCAGAGAGAGCGGACAGAGACCCGGCUGCCUUUUGUUGUUCACCUGAGCUCAGCAGCAGUGGACAUGGCCUUUCCCAAGCAUUCCAUCCUGCAGGCCCUGAGUGUGCUGCUCCUGGCCUGGGCGUUGGUGCAUUGCCAGGCCCCUCUCGAACCAGAGGAAGAGGAUGAGGAAGAGCCAAUAAUGGAGACCGACAUCGCAACAGCGGUGACGAAAUCUGAGCCGCUUGAAUGUCCGCCGGAGUGCAGCUGUACGUCCGAAGGGGCAGUUGACUGCGCCGGAGUCGACCUCACAGAGUUCCCCGCCGAGCUGUCUGACACAACUCGCCAGCUUUCUCUGCAGAACAACAAAAUCGAGGAGAUAACAGUCGAGCACAUUUCCCAUCUGCAUCAACUCGAGACUCUCAACCUUCAGAACAACUGGCUCACUACAAAUGGUCUGGAAGAUGAAGGUUUUGAGAUGCUUGAGCAGCUGUCUUAUUUAUACUUGGCAAAUAACAAGCUCACCUCAGCACCAAAAGUCCUACCACCCUCUUUGGUCAGUGCUGAUUUUGCUGCUAAUCAGCUCACAAAGAUCUACCUAUACACGUUUGGCCAUAAACCAAAACUGAGGUCUGUGUAUCUCCAUAACAACAAGCUGACUGACGCAGGGCUUCCUGAUUAUACGUUCAACGGUUCUGACGCCCUGGAGAUCCUCACCAUGUCCAGCAACUACCUGCGGGUUGUCCCGAGGAACCUGCCCUCCAGCCUUUACCGUCUUCAUCUGAAGAGUAACAAGCUGGAGAAAAUCCCAGCAGGGGCCUUCGACAACUUGUCAAACCUCAGAGAGCUGUAUCUCCAGGACAACCUCCUCAGCAAUGAGGGAAUGGACAACGAUACUUUCAGCCAACUGAGCAGCCUGGAGUGUCUGGACUUGUCAAAUAACAACCUGAGUGUCGUCCCCAAGGGUCUGCCUCGCAAUCUAGUGCUGCUACACUUGGAGAAGAACUCCAUCCGCAGCAUCCCUGGAGACGCUCUUACUUCUGUCCGAAACCUUGAGUACCUGCUCCUCCACAAUAACAAGCUGCGCUCACGUUCCAUCCACCCGACUGCCUUCCAGGGCUUGAAGAAACUGCACACUCUCCAUAUGUACAACAACUUGCUGGAACGGGUUCCCAGGGGCUUGCCUAAGCGGGCCAAGAUCCUAAUGUUGCUCCACAACUUCAUUGCCGAAAUAAGCCGCAACGACCUGGCCGUGCUGUACACCCUGACCGAGCUCAACCUCAGCUACAACAAGCUGACCAGCCCCAAGCUGCACCGCGAUGCCUUCAGGAAGCUGCGUUUUCUGGAAACCCUCGAUCUGUCGGGGAACAGCCUUCACUCGUUGCCCGUGGGUCUUCCCCGCAGCCUGCAGACGCUGGAAAUCAAGAACAACCAGCUGAACUCCAUACCGGACGGUGCGCUGACGGGCAUGGACAAGCUACUGAAGCUCAUCCUAAGCAACAACCAGCUGAAACUGAAUUCAGCCUACCAGGGAGCCUGGAUGGAGCUCAGUGCGCUCACAACGCUAGACCUGUCUGGCAACCAGCUGUCCCACGUCCCCUCUGACCUGCCUGAGUCUCUGGAGUACCUUUACCUGCAAAGUAACCGCAUCUCCAGUGUUCCUGCUUCAGCAUUUGAAGGCACUCCAAACAUCAAAGGCAUCUUCCUCCGGUUUAACCGCCUGUCUGUGAACUCUGUGGACGAGAGCUCUUUCGCACACCUGUCCAGCUUGCAAGUGCUGGACAUCGGCACAGGAAACACCGACCUCCCGUUUAAAAUGGAAGAGGUGGAGGAGGAGCAGGAAACAUAAGACGCGCUUAAUUGAACUGACAUUGGACUGCAUUGUGACAAGGACAGAAAGGGCUUUUAAAUGGGAGUGAACCUGUGAAUGUCAUUUCCCAGGUCCAUUAUUGUACUGAAUGGCAGAGUUACAUAUUUCUGGUGCAGGAUGCCGGAUGAAGUUACUUUACGGUAGUUUCCAUUUUUUGGGCUGGUUAGUAUAGCAUAUCUUUAUAUCUGAGCUUUAAAUAUUUGUUUUGGACUGUUGACACGCAACAUCUAUCAUCUAAUUCAGAUUUUUGUGCUUUAUUUCAAAAAUACAUUCACAGAAGUCAGUGUGAAUUUUCCCAUGUAAAUGUUUCAGAGUCAAUAACAAAAAUUUAAGCAAAGUGAAAAAGGACACGAUCACACUGUGCGUCUUUCUCUGCUUUAUGUCAUUUUGUUAAUGGCUGCCUUGUCUCCCUCCCUGGCUUAAAAAAGUGAUUUUACCAGAAA